CUCAUACACUACAAACUGAUUUAGAAAAAUGGCUGCACCGUGCGGAAGAUGCCGGGCUGUAAUUUCGAGUUUAUUGUGAAAAUAUAUUGAGGAUGCAACUUACUGAUUAGAAGGGAUUGAAAAACAAAAUGGCAGAGAGUGAGGACAUGAUGGAUAGUCCUGUUUGUAUCGAUGACCAGGCAAAGGCUGCAGAGGAAACACUGUGUCUCAUCAAAGAAAGUCUGAAAUUCUAUGACUCGAAAGGUUUGAAAACCCUUAUCCUAGAGGAAAAGUUGUCUGACCAGUCUAUAUACUGGGAGGUUGCCACAGAACUUACCAAGCACCUAACAGCUGAAAAUUAUGAAAAGUAUACUGUGUUCUUUGAUUCUUGUCAGAGAUGUCUGAACUAUCUGAUCAGGACGGGGAAUGCAAAAGAACUGCUGUUAGCAUUGCUGGAGCAGGCAGACACCUUCAUCGAUGAUGUCAAGUGGAAAGCUCUUCUAGAUGGCAUACAGCAGACUCUCCUGAAGCUGCCCUCCAAGAGAUACCACUCUCUGGACAUUGCCUUGUCCACAAUCCACGCACAUGUUAAAAGUCUGCCAGAACCAGACGACCAUGAGUUGGAGGGGGAGGAAAACAAGCUACUGGAACUGGAUCCUGCAGUCCAACGAAUCACUGAUGUGUUGCUAGGCUACUUGGCCUUUCUGGAACCUUUUGUAUUAGAAGUGUCCCUGAAUGACCCAAAUGUAAAUAGACAGAAAGACAAGCACCAGAUACUGAUGUUAAGGAGAUAUCUCCUUUUGUUGCUUAACCAUCCUCUAAUCUUUCUGGAUCUGGCCUUCUGUGAAAAGGAGCAGGAAAGGAAAGCUAAAGGAUAUGCCCGGGAGUGUGUAGAAAAAACCAUGAAGCUUCUUUGUGAACUUUGUCCUAACUUUUUCAAGACAAUCACAGAUUGCCUGGAAGAUAUACGACUGUCAAAGCUGAAAAAUAAAAGGACUGUUGACAAGAAGAAGGAGGGGGAGGAUGAUGAGACAGAUAUUGUGGAUAACUGGGCGGAGUGCAAGGAUGAAGGUCUGAUACCCCUGCCCAGCCUGGCCUGCCUGUCUUAUCUGUUGCUGGUGGAGGGGUUAGGGCAGGAACACUUCCCUGCCAUUUACACCCACAAGUACAUUCUUGAGUUCAAUUUACAGUUUGUGUUACUGCUGUUUCAGAAACAGGAGUCCCUGAUUGUCAGUAAGGGUGUAAGUCUCAUUGGUGUCCUUAUCCGUGGAAUAACUCCAACCACAUUCACGGUGGAGGACCUAGACAACCCUAACUACACAAAGGCCCUGAACUGUCUCAUCCAAGUCAUGAUCCGUUGUCCUGUAAAGGAGACCAGGGGACAGGCGGUUCAGAUGUUUUCUACCUACAUUAAAAUGUUCACACUGCCAGCCCGUGUUCACAUAUACGAGAUGAUUUUUAACACAUGUAAACAUGCAGGGGUGAUUGGGUACAGCAUUCAGCUAGUGAAAGACGAGAUAGACACUGCAUUGAAACAAGAAAACCCAGACACAGAAUUCCUUGGUUUAAACCUUAAAAGGAUGUUAAAGUUUGUGGCACAACUUGAAGAAGGAGCAGAGUCUGAUCUACUGGAAUCAUCAGACCGUGUCAUUCCUGCACUAAAUUUGAUUCGAUACCUAGUUCUCCGGGAUCCUCUCUCGGCCAACAGAACAGGGUUAUGGUCGUACUAUGAGGACCUGGAGAAAGACUUCUUCGCUCCUCUGAGACUUGCCCUAGAUUUUUCAAAGAGUCAUUACAAAUUAGAAUUAGAGAACUUUAAGGAAGGGAAAGCAUCAGUAGAUAAAGGAAUGGAGCUAGGUGUCAACAUCAGCGUGGCAGGAAUGCCCAUGCCUAAGGUCCCACGCAGUCAGCAGAUACAGAUUGUAGAAUCAGCAAUCAACACAUUUGACCUGAUUGAUAGUCUGCUCAGUAGAAUUGUAGAGCUAGCAGAUGUCCAGCUGAAGGCUUCAAAAACUGACACUCAGGUCGAAACUAUCUAAUAUUUGCCUUAAACUGGACAACACAAACCCUACAACAACAUUAAUCCUGUUGUUCGUUUCUGUUUCAAAUUUAUUUGAUGUCGGACCAAGAAACACACCCAGUCUUAAAUGUUAGAUAUGUGAUAUUAAAAAACUGUGCAUCUAGUACUAAAACAGAGCAAUGGAAAAGUUCAGGGAUUAAUUUCAAUUUUAGAUGUUGAUGAGUAUUUAACUGAAAUUUCAAUAUUUGGAUGAAAUUUUUAAGCAAAAUAUAAUUUUUCACAUGCCAGGUACCCUCUUUUAUCACAUACUUGUAAUUGGCCUGUUAUCCAGUGAAUUUGCCUGUGUAAUAGUUUUACAUAUGUCACUAGUGUAAUAUACCC